GGUUCUGUUACGACAACUUCGCACGCCCAGGUCGCUUAUGAUAGAAGUAUUGUCAGACGUCGAAGAAAUUCUUCUAUUUAGCCACGCCUGAAACUUGUCACUUGAAUUGAAAUCCAAGUACAAUGAUGGACAAAAUAAUUUUAACAUCUGCCGAGCCAAGCCUUCACAGUAGAGUAUUGAAUCCUCAACGACCCAGGAUGAGAGGCAUAACGGCAAUGGUUUUCCUGGCCUUAUGUGCGCUGCUGAUUAUAGUCUACCAGGCCGUACAGCAGGAGCUCAACAUUCGCAACCUGAAAACACGCAUCGUUGUUUCUGGUGAACAGGUGAAGUUGAAGGAGGAUGGAAUCAUGGCAACUAAGACGAAAGUGGAGGAGAUCAAUAAAAAGCUUAGUGCUCUGACCACACAGAGGGAUCAGCUCAAAAAACAGAAGGAUGACAUUAAGAAAGGCACUGCUGAAUCUGAAAAGGAACUCAGCACCUGCAAUGCUGAGAAGGGUACAUUAGAGAAGAAGAGCAAUGAAGCAAAAGACGCACUUAAGAAACUAAAGGAAGACCAAGAAGCUGAAAAGAAGAAAGCUGAGGAGGAGAUUCAGGGUCUGAAACAAAGCAUUCUAGAGAGAGAUGUAAAGAUCUGCAAAUUUGUGGAUGUAGCCGUGGAAGAGGCAAAGAAGUUGUGCGCAGUUGCCCUGUGAAGGGAUUUCAGAAGUCUAAUGGAGUUCUCUCAGGAAAAAUGUUUUGGAUGGGAUUGUGUAUAUUUGUUUCUACAAACCCUUUUUGACUUUGUUAUAUGUUACAUAUGUUUCAUAAAAAAGGUAUGGAUGUGCUGCUUUAUGAACAAUGCACUAAAUAAAUGUGUAAUUAAGACUAA